CAGAUCGGUUGCGUUCGAUUCAAACCUGAACGACUUGCUUUUUAAUUUAACAUUUUAAAAAUAAAAACUAUUUCACGUAAAUAAAUCGCUGUCAUUGUGUGAACGUUCAUUAACAUUCUUUGUGGAUGAAAUAGAUUUACCUAUGAUUUAAUUGGAAUAUAAACAUUUAAUUGAUUCGUUGGUGGUAUUUUAAUUUGUUAGUGGGUGAAAAUUGUGCUGGAAAAUUGUUAUGUGCUUAAAAGUUGUUAAAUGUAAAAAAAAAACUGUAAAUUUGUGACCAUCGAUUUGGGCUUUGUGUUAGUAAUUAAAAUAGUGCUAAUCAAAUAUCGCAUUGCCGCUAUUAAAUCCGUUCAAAGUGCUUGAUUGGUUAUAGUUUGACACGCUUUUUUCUUUCUUUCAAACGAAAUUACGAAAUUCGUACAAAGUUACAUCACACUUGAGUACUUGAUGGAAGUUUGAUUUGCAACACUUUUUCCACCAAUCGUAAGACAUUGACAAAGCGGCAAAAGACCACGGAGUACCACUCAAUCAUAUUGGACAACGAUAAUUGAUUGCAUGGUUGAGUAAAAGAAAAAAAAAUCAAAAUUCCGGUCGAAUGCCAGAAGAGCCGAGCCGUGGAGAUUGCUUGUCUUGUCUCUCAAUUCAACUGACCGUGUUACAAACGUGAAAUAGCGUGAGGAAAGAAUAACAUUUGAAGUGGCAGAAGAAUAAGUCCAAAGUGAACACCCAAAGAAGCGGCACAAACGAUGUUACAAGAAGAAGAAAAAAAUCAUACAAAAAUUAUGAGCACCAAGAAUAGGCAUUAAAACGUAGUACAACAAUCGCUAAAGAAUUUUUAUGUGUUUGACUUGAGUCGUUGGAAAACAAAACGAAACGAAAAUAAAUAACCGUUUUGCUAUUCGCUUGCGUUCAUUGUACACAGACAUUUUUAGCACAAAAAAAAAUCUUUUUGUGGGGAAGUGAUUCAUGCGUCUCGUACACUCUCCAGAGACUAUGCGAGCAUAAUAAAAAUUCUCUCGCCCAUAUAUGGUAAAGAGCACACAUGCAUUGUGGUUCGGCAUGUUUUGACUUUGCUAUCGGUUUGCCAUUAAACAAAUGUUGUUUGUGCAUAUCGCACUCGCUUGUCACUUUUUAAGUAAAUGAGUGUGCUGAAUUUAAAGACGAAAAAAACCCGUAAGUCAUCACUACUACUCUGGUUUUGCUGGAAUGUUGACAGCGACGCGACGUUAAACACAAGCCAAUUUUUUAAGAGCAAAAAAAUCAGAUUUAUAAGCAAAUAAACUCAAAGACAUAAAAUAAUUUUCGACUUCGUGCCGAAACAACGGCAACUGCUACAAAAAUAACAACAAUGAAGACAACAACAAAAAUAUUCAAGCUUGUGAUCGUUUACAGUGAUAGUGAAAAUCUGAUUUGAAUUUGAUUCACAUUCAUUGUUUGCAAUUUUAACGUGUGUGCGUAUUGCAAUUUCUUUCUAAUCCAUUUGAUUUGCAUGUAACCCGUGUAGUGAAUGAGUUGUGUGUGAUCGUGAUGUGCGUAUGAACAUUCAUGUUUAAAUUCUUGUGCUCUCGAUUCGCAAUCGCAAGAUUUCCAUAAAUGUUUCGCUCACACGUGUGCCAAUUCCGAAUAUACAUAAAAAAGACUUUGAAUUUCGUUGGCAACAAAAAAAAUUUGUCUUAAUUUCUACGAUUAGUAAACGGAAUCAUCACUUAAAAAAGAAGAGAAAAAAAAAAGAAAUGAAGAGGGAAACACGAAAAUGUAGUGAAAAUCGUGAAUAAAAGUGCGCGAUGAAAGAUUAAAAAGUAGUCCCCACACAAGCAAACAAAACAAAGCAAAACAUUUCACGAUUCUCAGCAAUUCGAUGAGAAAAAUUGUGAGUGCAAAGUAAUGUGAAAAUUAUUAUUAAUUUGCAAAAUAGACCGUUUGUGAAAUAAAAGAAGAUGCAUUGGAGAAACAUUUAAAUCGACUUAGAUAUUUUUUGAAAGAUUUAACUUUUGUUCAAGUGCUAUUUUUUUUCGUUUUCAAUUACACGGUUCCGUCUUGUGUCUAUCGUUCGUUGUGUAUGUGUUCAAUUGAAACUCACGUCAAUAGACUCUGCAAGCGCACGCAAUACAACAACAAAAAACCAGAAAUUCGAUUUUGAUUAAUCCGUGCGCGCACAAUGAAUCGACCAAACCAAUGCCAUUAUGCAUGAAUAUUUCACCGUCAAUAAAAUGCUCGCACAUUGCAUACGAUAAGCUACAACUAUUUGAGUACCGGACUGACUGAAAAUUAAUACGAUAUUUUGCGUGCUUUCAUUAAUCCUCACUAUUCAUUUGUUUACUGCCGCGACGCAUAAUGAAAUAUGAGAGAACGACGAAAAAGACGGAAAAAUAAAAUAGCUAGUAAAAAAAAUCAAGUCGAAACAGCAGUAGCUAAUAACCAGCAGUCAAGCGAGGCGCUGAAGAACUUAAAGAAGUAAAUAAAAUAAAGUGAAAUAUAAAAAAAAACAUACCAGCAACAACAACAACAGCGCAAGCGCAAUAGCGUAACAUUCAGUUUAGUGGAACUAAUUAAAAACUUUGGCAGCAGCAUCAACCAACGACUAAGAAAAAGAAAACGGAUUUUAGUCCAAGUGCUGUGUUUAUUAUUACCAUUGCAUUACCACCAUAAGCAGUGUGUUCACCUUUAUUUCGCGUAUUGUGAAAGAAAUUUAAUGAAACUCAAAACUGAACUCGAACCGAGUGAACGCGAGCAAAAAGAGCAACAGAAAUAAAAUACAAAUUCGACAGAUAGAAUUAAAAACAAAAAAAACUGUAUGUACACACACACACACGAUAAAUAGUUUGUGGACACGAAAAGCGUUCAGUAUUUACAAUUAAAUCGUAUGUGAAUGUGCGCCUGAGACAUUUCAGCCGAGACCACUAUCACCACUUUGAAUAGUUAAUGAUUUCUUUGUUGUAGCUGUGCUUUAUCGUGAAUGUGUUUCUUUCUUCUGCAGCCUAUUUUAAUUUGUGUUCAAGUUGUUUGUGAGUUACGCGCGUGAAUAUAACUUACAAACAAAAGCCGCAAACUGACAAAAUACCCGAUAUAGAAUACAUGCACAAGAGGAAAAAGCUCACAUAAAAUAUUAUUUCGCCAUACUGAAUACAGACAGGCGCGCUUGGAAAAUAUAUCAACGUUUUCAACGUUUUCAACGUUUAUAAAUUAUCGUGAAUUCGAGUGUGUAAAUAAAGCUGCAGUUGCGUCAACGAUAAAAAAAAAGGAAUACGACAGAAAUUAGUACCGAAAAGGCCGCAAAAAUGAAAUGGUCGUCUAGUUCAAAUUCAAGCUUGAGCAAUGGCAGCGUUGUUACUAUGGCAUUCAACAAUUCCAACAGCAGCAACAGUAACAACAACAACAACAACAAUAGCAGCAUAAGUAGCAGUGGGAGCAAUACUUCUUCAAUCUACGGUCACAAUGGAAAUAUCAUCAGAUCUACGGCCACGGUUCGUCGACAUGAAAGCGAAGUUGGAAAAAGCGAUCGCAGAAGCAUCUUCUACACCGAUCCCCACGAUAUGGAAAUAUUUUUAAAGAAUCACAACAAUAAAAAGAUGUCAUCAUCACAUAGCUCAAGCCGAUUACCCACCAGUAAUGGUACAACCAAAGUGAAUGCCUCCGCAUUGAAUGGCAAUAGUAACACAGUGCAUUCGCGUCUCCAUCAUGCUGGUAGUAGAACUUCAACGGAUGCCGACCAAUUGCAACGGCGUAAAUGCGAAAAUCUCAUUUCCUAUUUUACAACCCAGAUACAUCAUCUGAACAAAGAAUUGGAAAUUGAGAAACAUUCGCGUGACAUUCAUUUAGCUAAAAUCGCAAAAGCACUCUUAUGUUUUGAAGCAAAAUUGAAAAGCGAUCAGAAACAGAUUCGUCAACAGCUAUACGAAAAGGAUACACAGCUAAAUCGAUUGGCCAGCGAAGUGAAUUCAUUGCGUAAAAAAUAUGGUGUUAAAGAUGAUGAAGUGGAACAAAUCGAUCCAGUUGCACAAUACUGUCCGAGUUGUCGUAAACAAUAUUAUUUUCUGAAUACCGUGGAUGUUGGCAUUCAAGUAAAUAAGCAUGGACCAGUUUGCCAUGAUGACAUUGACAAAGAAAAUAUUGUGCGACCAACAUCAUCGAGUGAAGAUGGAUUGCAGCGAGUAUUUUCGUCGGAAGUGAGAAGAAGUAAACGAUACAUGAGUAAACGUACAUCGGGAACGUUCCGUGAAUAUCUGAAUUCCAGAAAUAUUGAAUUAGCAUUCAGUUGCAGUGAUGAGUCGUUCAAUAGAAGCUCCGAGAGUUUACAACCGCAAUCCGAGCAAAUGGAGCACAAACCAAUAAUUGAAAAUAAAAUAAAAGACGGCCUUUUGCGAAAAGGAAGUAUGCGACGAUCAACAAAAUCAGCUGUUGCAAUAAAAUGUGAUAAAAAUGGUAAUAAACUAAGUGAUAAAAUCGAUAGUGAAAUGACAACGGAAACCAGACCGAGCCCUGCACACAACGGAAAUCCAUUUAGUACGGAAUCAGAUAAAAGUAAUCAAUUUUUGAAGAAGUACGAUGAUGAGGGUAGCAAAACGAAAUUUGAAUCGAAUGAUGAUUGGUAUGCCAGUGCUAGCGAUAUGGACGAUUCGGACGGAGCUGUAUCCAAACCAUAUGGUUAUAAUGCCGUUAAUCCUGUACUAGAGUGUGUUAAUCAAAUUCUAUUGCAACAAUCUAUGGACGGUAUAAUGGAAAUGAGAAACGACAUCACAUCAGAUAUGCCUGCUGCAACUUCAACACCUUCAAAUAAUAAUACAUUAACUGAUUCGCCGCCCAAAGAGGCGACAAACACAUUAAAAAAGCGAGUACAUUUUUCAACGCAAAAUUCAAUGGUAAUGGUACAAAGUCCACGGUCAGAUAGCUCACUAAAUCUGUAUCGUUUGGAAGCGUCAACAACAUCUGCUGAUGCAUGUAAUGGAAAGGAUCUUAGUUAUGCAACUAUAUAUAGCAACGAGUAUGAACCAAUUGGAUCCGAAAAUAAUUCGACAAAUCAUUAUGUUGAUAUGGAUUCAAAAUUGGAAGACGAACAACCGUCAAUGGCUGAAAAAUUAAAAAUACCACCAGCAUUACCACCAAAGCCGCCCAACCUCAUGAAAUUUCGUCAAAUUUUAAAAAUGCCAACAUUCCCCGUUCAGCCAAGCCCAGCCAAAUCAGUUGAUAACGAAUCUGAACCAGAUUAUUGUUCAAUUGGCGAUGUUCAAGAGACGGUUAAAAGUGUUCAAAUUGUUGCCGAUGUUCAUAAAAAUGCCGAUGAUGAUGUGUCAUCGCAUGCAAGUGAAGAAACUAAAACCGAUAUUACUGAUGAAACUUUUGCCGAUAUUCCAAAACUUCCAAAUGUCGUAGCAUUGUUAUCGCCGAAAAAAGAUAUCACGCACAUAAAAGUUAUAUCUCAAGAUAAUUAUGUGACAAAAUCGUCUCCACCAAAACGUGCAAAACCGGCCUGUUUGCCCACAAAAGCUGUGGUCGCCAAUUUGUUAUCGGAAAUAAAUGCACAAAAAGCAAAGCCAACACCAGUCACCACCAAUCAACUGUCAAAACCAAAAAUUAUAAGUGAACUUGACGAAAGUACCAAAAAGAAUCCAUUGAAAUUGAUAACACAACAAAAGAUGACGACAAUCGCUGAGUCAACAGCAACACAACAACAAUCAAUUUCAUUGAAUCCAAUGAAAGCAUUGCCAAUCAUUAAACAAAAUGAUAAGAUAUUGAUGCCCAUUCAAGCGGAAUUUGAUUGGUAUAACUUAGACGUGGAAUAUGGAAAAUUAUUACCCUCAAAUAUUCUGGAAAAUGGUAAAGAAUCAGAAACGCACGAUCAAGUUGAAUACAAUUUAGAUGCUGAGUUCUCAUUGACAUCAUGCUCCGAAAAUAAUUCAUCACUUGAAUCGAGUAGUAGCACAAUUCAUUUUGUUCCAAUAACAGUUGCUAAAGAUUGCACGAUGGCAAAUGGAACCGGUAAUAAUCAAAUAUCAGAUGAAGAUAUUACGUCCACCAAACCGAAUGCACAAUUAUUAAAUCCAGCUCGUUUAAAAAAACUAAUCAAUAAAUCAACAACGUCACAAUCUCAAGCUGAUGUUAAUGUUAAGUCGUUUGAUACAUUCUUAGAGCAAACCGGUCUUACAGAAAAACCAUUACCAUUACCACAAAAACGUAAAAUUUUCUAUAAUGCACCAUUUGUUUAGUGUUGUAGCACACAAAAUAUAGCUUAUUCGCUAUGCAAAAAAAUAAUACGAACGGAGGCAGCAACGAAUGAACGAAUGAAAGCGAAAAUCGAAAAAAAACUCUAUCGAUUUAAUUUCAAUCUUAUAGUUAAAAUGAAACAAUGGCAACAUUCGAAUCGCACAAGUCUAUAAACAUAGUACCGCUAAGAUAAAAAAAAACUUUUCGAUUUUAUUUAAGGCACGUUCAAAACUAUUUAUUUUUUUAUAUUGUUUUCCUCCAAAAAUUAUUAUUCUUUAUUUAAUUCAAUUUUACUUUUAUAAAAUGUAAUACAUUCAAUAUAUUUUCAUGGGCUUGUAAAUGCUGUUGUACGAAUGAGCUGUACAAUUUAUGUGUUAAUACUACUAUUUAUGUAUUCUUUAUAGUGAUAUUUUGGUUUUUCUUUCACUCUUUCAAGUUAAAUUUAAUUCGUUGGUGGAAACAAUUGUCUUGCGACAAAUUAUACUGUUUUGACAUUCAACGAGACAUUUGCAUUUAAAAUAUUAUCUCUAGAUGGAUCAAAGCGAAAAAAAUAAUUUAAAAAAAAACAUACAUUUGCGGAAGUUUAACAUUUCGAAGAACUUUCUUAUGUGUAUUCGUUUAUCGCAAGACGUAUCAUAAAUCAAGGUACGAUACCUUAUUCAACCAUUAUCAGAUCAAUGGUAUUGGUUUAUUGAAAUAUGAACGAUUUAUAGAUGAUGAAAAAAUGUUACAGAAUAAUGGAUUACCCAAAGGCAAAAAUCAUUCCACCAAAAUCCAUUUGAUUGAAACCGAAUAAAAAGGAAAUUGAUUCGGUCUAUAUGUUAUGCGUAUAAGCCAAGGAUCUAAUAAGAGCAAAAAAAAAAACAUCCAGAUAUGUCAAAGAAAUCAGUUGUGCAGAACAUUCCAACCUCGAAAUGUGUAACUUUUUUGUAAAGAUGAAAAAAAUAUGAAAUAAAAUUGACUAUUGAAA